AUGGCCGGACAGCACAGUUCACUGGAGUCUGGAUAUCCCGAGGGCAAACAAAUGCUGAGGAAACAUCUGAUGUCAAUGGUUGCUGGAAAUCUUUUUGCUGCAUUGUCUGUGAUGAUAGCUGGCUUCUUUGAAAUACACAGAAAACGUUUCCCUCCAGUGGAGCCGCCCCUUUCAGGAAAAGCUCUCACUGUUUCCUCCAUGCCCUGUUUCUACCUGAUUCUUCAGUAUGUUUUACUUGGAGUGGCGGAAACACUGGUAAACCCAGCUCUCUCUGUAAUAUCAUACAGAUUUGUUCCAAGCACCGUCAGAGGAACCUCCAUGAAUUUUCUGACACUGUUCAAUGGAUUUGGCUGUUUCACAGGGGCACUGCUGGUGGAGUUGGUAUAUCUCAUCUCAGAAGGCAAUUGGUUUCCAAACACAUUAAACAAAGGCAAUUUAGAAAACUUCUUCUUCUUCCUGGCAUCAUUAACAUUGUUGAACGUCCUGGGAUUCUGGAGUGUUUCACAAAGAUAUUGUAAUCUAAAUCAUUUUAAUGCCCAGAACAUCCGUGGAAGUAAUCUUGAAGAAACACUUCUCCUCCACGAGAAGCCUCUGAAAUUUUAUGGCAGUAUACAGGAAUUUUCUUCAAGUAUUGAUCUUUGGGAGACAGCCCUAUGA